CCAUGCCGUGCCAGACUCCGUGAGAGGCAGUCGGCCUCUCAUGACUUCUCAGGGUACCCAAACAACAAAGACCCUGCCUCAGAGCAACACAGAACCCAAUUUGUUCUGUCGCUUGUCUACGGCUGCCGCAUGUGCCCUCAUGGCUUCCAUGGCCAGAAAGGGACGAGCCGAAAAGGUGGUCGUUCGCAUUUUCCCCACCAGAUGCAUGAGCCGGCAAAAGACCAUGCGGCGCUUGGAGCCGUUUGGAGAAAUGCCUGCUUGGUCCCGAAAGCCUUUGCUUAGGAAGAGGCUGAAGCAACCAUGGCGAAAGCGGCCGACCAGAAGGUUGUCGGCAUUUGGUCGACAUUUGUAUGAAAGGUCACGAUUGAGAUGCCACUACAACAUCAAUGUCCGGCAGCUCACCAAGUAUGUCCUACGUGCUUUUAAGGAGGGCCGCAAGCACCCCAUUGAUCAUCUAAUGGCAAUUCUGGAGAGCCGCGUCGACAACUUUUGCUGGCGCGUUGGGAUUGCACCAACUAUGGCAGGAGCGCGAUUCUUUGUGCGGGAAAAUCACAUCCAAGUCAAGUCGCAAAGGAAGGAAUAUGACUACAAAGAGCCAGAGUGGGUCACUGUGAAUACACCCUCGCAUCUCCUGAAGAUUGGCGAUCAGAUUCGGGUCCGUCCGAAGCCAAGGUCGCAGAAGCUUGCCAAGAGGUAUCAGGAUGAAGAUGGGCCAGUAGAUGUGCCGGAUCAUCUUGAGUGGGAUCGUGAGGAACUCGUUGGACGCUACAAUGACCUAUGCGAUGCUAACCAAGUUGGGAUCAAUAUCAACGAGGAUUACUUGAUGAACAAGUUCUUAGGGCCUCAGGGUGUGCGGCAACGACACAUUCGCUGGUUUGAAGGAACAACAAUUCCCAUUGAAAAGAUUUACAACGGAGGUCGCAUCGUGCCAACUCCAGAGAACAUCCUCAAUAUGAAGAAGGGGGCUGGCCUCCGUGCAAGGGGCUUCCGACGCCCACCAUGCUUGUGGGGUCGCAGAAACAAUCCGCUCAACAAUCCUUGGGAGUACGGCAGCAAGGUGAAGGUCUGAGAGGCU